UGUGUAUACAUAUACAGUAUAUAUACACAUAUAUACAUGUGUAUAUAUAAUUGUGGUAACAUAUAGAUAAAAUUAAUCAUUUAAACCAUUUUUAAGUGUACAGUCCAGUGGCAAUUAAGUACAUUUAUAAUGUUGUGCGACAAUUGCCACCAUCCAUCUCCAGAACUUUUCUAUCUUCCCAAACCAAAACUCUGCACCCCUUAAACGCUAACCCCCAAUUCUCCUCCCCCAGCUCCUGGCAAUCCCCCUACUAUUUUCUGUCUCUGAGAGUCUGACUCCUCUGGGUACCUCAUAUGAGUGGAAUCACACGGUAUUUGUCUCUCUGGGGACUGGCUUGUUCAGCAUAACAUUCUCAAGUUUCCCUCAUGUUGUGGCGUGUGACAGGAUUUCCUUCCUCUUUAAGGCUGAAUCAUAUUCCAUUGUGUGAAUAUAUUACAUUUUGUUUAGCUACUCCUCCACUGAUGAAUACUUGGGUUUCCACUUUUCAGCUGUUGUGAAUAAUGCUGCUAGGAACAAAGUAUGUAUUUGAGCCCCUCCUUUCAAUUCUUUCAGGUGUAUACCCAGAAGUGGAAUUGCUGGAUCACAUGGUAAUAACUCUGUUUAACUUUUGAGGAACUGCCAAACUGUUUUUCUCAGCAACUGCACCAUUUUACAUUCCAACUAGUAAUCUGCAAGGGAUCCAAUUUCUCCACAUCCUUGCCAGCACUUGCUAUUUUCCAUUUUUGUUUGUUUGUGUUUAAAUAAUAGCCACCCUAAUGGGUAUAAAGUGAUAGCGUAUUAUGGAUUUGACUUGCAUUUUGAUUUGCAUUUCCCUAAUGAUAGUGAAGCCGAGCUUCUUUUCAUGUGUUUAUUGGCCGUUUGUGUGUCUUUGGAGAGAUGUCUUCUUUGGAGAAAUGUCUAUGCAAGUCCUUUGCCCAUUUUUGAAUUGGGUGGCUUGUUUUUUUGUGUUGCAUUGUGAGAGUGCUCUACGUAUUUUUGGUUGGCAGUUUUUUCUCCCAUUCCAUGGGUUGCCCUUUCACUGUGUCCUUUGAUGCACAAGUUUUUAAUCUUGUUUAAGUCCCAGUGAUCUAUUUUUCCUUCUGUCACUUGCACUUUUGUCAUCAUACCCAAGAAAUCAUUGCCAAAGCCAGUGUUGUGAAGCUUUUCUUUUAUGUUUUCCUAUAGAUUUUUAAUAGUUUUAGCUUUAAUGUUUGUUUCUGAUCCAUUUUGAGUUAAUUUUUGUAUAUCAUGUAAGGAAAGGGUUCAAAUUUAUUCUUCGGCAUAUGAAUAUCCAGUUUUCUUGGCAUUAUUUGGUAAAAAGUCUGCCCUCUUUCCAUUGAAUGAUUUGGUACCCUUGUUGCAAAUCAUUUUGCUGUGUGUGCGAGUGUUUAUUUUGGGACACUCUAUUCUAAUCCAUUGGUUUGUAUGUCUGUCUUUAGGCCAGUACCUCAUUGUUUUGCCUACUGUAGAUUUGUAGUAGGCAAUCAGGAAGUCCAAGACAUCCCCCUUGACUGUUUUUAUCCCCUGAGAUUGCUUUGGUUAUUUAGGGUCUCUUGAAAUUCCUUAUAAAUUUUAAGAUCAGAUUUUCUAUGUGCAAAAUGUUUUGACUUAUUAGGUUCUUUCAAUUCAUUGAUCUCACUCAUUUCUCUCUACCAUUAAUCCUCUUACAUUCUCUUACAUUCUCUUCCAUGGUCAUCAUUAUCAUUGCUUUCUUGCAAGCAUUCUCAACUUUCUUGCCCCUCUUUUCAUCACACAAACUUGGGUUCCAGCCAUUUGUCUUCUGCUGCCUGAACUAAUGUGUAACUGCUACUAUUAUUGCUGAUGCUACUGUUAGGAUAAUAAGAACAGCUAAUACAGGUUAAAUGAUCGCUAGGAGCCAGACACAGUUCUAAGCAUUCCCUAUGAAUUAACUCAACCAGUUCUCUUAAUUCAGUGGAAUAUUGCUGGAGAAUACAAGAAGGACGAGUCAUUAUAAAUUCAUAAUUAUUAACACAAAUGAAUACUCAGCACUGGCCUACAAUCUUACUUUUUUUCUAGUAGACUGACUUUUCCACUCUCCAAAAAGGAUUCUUACUUUCUUCAUGUUUUCCAAACCUCCACCUUUCCACAUUUAUUCUCAGUGGAUGACCUUGCUUCAUACUCCGUUGGAAAAAUAGAGGCCCUCAGGUGGGAGCUCCUGCUACCAAACCCAUGGACCUACAUUCAUCUAUUCUCAUCUGCUCCCUCAUUCUUCCUGGGCUAGGAUUUCUCUGCCACAAUCCCCCUACAGGGAGCUCCUGAUCCAUCCCUCCUCAGUCUCAAAAGAAUUUCACUCCCUUUGCUGCUUCCUCUCUCAUUCUCAUCAACCUCUUCAUCUAUCGGAUGACAUGUUUACCACCACCACCCUUGAUUCCACGCCAUCUGGCUUAACACAUCCUUCCCUUGAUUCCAUGUCAUCUGGCUUAGCACGUCCAAAAUAGCUUAUCUCUUCUUUUCUUUCCUUCUCUAGACCCACUCCUCCCUAGUGAUCCAUCUUGGCAAACAGCACCUUUAUCUACCAAUUUUCUCCAUCCAGAACCUUGGGAACCCUUCUUCACACUCUCUCCUCUUUCUCCCUUCCAUCCGUGCCAUCAGGAUAUCCUGUGGAUUCUAUCUCCAAAUCAAAUCUCACGUCCAUGUACUUCUCCAUCCCCACUGCCACCUGCCACCUCCUCGUCCGGUCACUGCCAUCUCUUUUCUGGACAAUUAGUGACUGCCUCACCAAGCUUUCCUCUCUUGCUCUUCUUCAAGCCAUUCUCCAAGCAGUACCUACAGUUAUCUUCUAAACCCAAAACUGAAUCAGGUCAUUCUCCUGCUGAAAAUCCUAUAAUCACUUCCCACUGUAUUUGCAGUGAAAUCCAAACUCCUCUACCUGGCCAGCCUUGUCCAGCCUCACUGGGCUGCUACUGGCUUCUCCAACAUCACUUCUUUCCUUCUUUCUCCAACUCCUCUGACCUCUUAGUUCUUCAGAGACGCCAAGCUCUGUUCUACCUCAGGGACUUGGUACGAAACAUUUCCUCUACUUAAACUGUCCCUUCCCCUCGCUGCAUCAUGGGGCCUCCCUGACUCCUCAUCCUUCACAUCUUCAGAGAAGUCUUCUGUAUUAGUUAGUUCUUUCAUCGCUAUAAAGAAGUAUUUUAUACUUGGUAAUAAGGAAGAGAAGUUUAAUUGGCCUACAGUUCUGCAGGCUGUACAGGAAGCGUGGCAGCAUCUGCUUCUGGGGAGGCCUCCGGGAGCUUUUACUUCUGGUGGAAGGCAAAGGGGGAGCAGGCAUGUCACAUGAUGAAAGCAGGAGCAAGAGAGUGAGGGGGCAGUGCCAGACACUUUCAAAUGACCAGAUCUCACAAGAACUCACCCUCUACUGUGGGGACAGCACCAAGAGGAUGGUGCUAAACCAUUCGUGAGAAACUGCCCCCAUGAUCCAGUCACCUCCCACCAGGCCCCACCUCCAACAUUGGAGAUUACAUUUCAACAUGAUGAGAGGUGAAGCCAGCUGGACUUCUGGGUUGGGUGGGGACUUGGAGAACUUUUUGUCUUACAAGAGGAUUGUAAAAUGCACCAGUCAGCACUCUGUAGCUAGACACACCAAUCAGUGCUCUGUGGCUAGCUAGAGGUUUGUAAAAUGGACCAAUCAGCAGGACAUGGGUGGGGACAAAUAAGGGAAUAAAAGCUGGUCACCCCCCAGCCCCCAAGGGCAACCUGCUCAGGUACCUUUCCAUGCUGUGGAAGCUUUGUGCUUUCACUCUUCACAGUAAAUCUUGCUGCUGCUCACUCUUUGGGUCUGUGCCAACUUAAGAGCUGUAACACUCACAGUGAAGGUCCGGGGCUUCAUUCUUGAAGUCAGCGAGACCACGAACCCACCAGAAGGAACCAACUCUGGACACAUCUCUGGACACAAUGAGAUUUGGAUGGGGUCACACGUCCAGAUGAUAUCAUCUUCCCUGUCAGCACAGGGUCAGGCAGGUCCUCUUUCCUUUUCCUCAGAGUAGACUAUUUUCCCUCAUGGUGUUGACCACAUGUGAAAUUAUAUCUCUAUUGUUUUGUCCCUUGUCAGCUUACCUGUUGGACCUAAAUGUGAUUAUAUCAGUUCUGUAUCUGUUUGGGUUCAUGGCUGUUCUCCUGAAUCUAGCACGGGGCCUGAUCGUGUAAUACGUACUCAAGGAAUCUGCAAGUCUGCAGGAAGGUGAAUUGGCUCUCAGGUGUUUUAAGUGAACUGUAGGGUUGAUACAUGGCCUAUAUGUUUACUCCCAGAAAACUAGUCAGCCCACUGCGUUUCAUAAAGGGAAAAGAUGGUCACAGCAGAAUCCCAGCAGAAGCCUGCCACAGGGCUGGUUGUGGAUGUGGGGGCCAGGUGGCCUCGUAAAUCAUAAUAGAGCAGAUUUUUCUUCACUGGGAAUUUAUGGAUUGUUGUAUUACAAUGAAACUGAGUUUUUAACUAAGAGUUCCAUAAGUAUUUCCAAACCCACAUUCCCUUGAUCUGAAAGGCAUACACUGCUUGGGUUUCUGUUUCCGUGACAAUGUAGGUGGAAGGAGAAACAAGGAACAGGAAGACCCUGAUCUGAAGGGCCAAGGAGCCCCUGGGCUGCAGGUCCACUCAGUCACCCGCUUCCUCCCUGCAAACCCUGUGCACUCUGUGCUCUCUCUCCAGGGACUAACCCUGGGAUCGAUGGAGAAAAAUAUGUGUUUAAAUAAGUGACUCCUGCCUCAUUUCUGACCCUGUACUUUCUAUGUACACACACAGAGACACACUCAGACACACAGACACACAUACUAAGACACACAGAUAUGCACAAACACUGACACAGAUGUACACACACACAGAUAUACACAAGAUAGGCACAUGCAAGUACACUCCUAGAAACACGUAGUCACAGAUGCGCACACAGAGACACACACACACAAGCACACACACUCAGCAGAUGUAUCAGAGUGUUUUUCUGAAUUUUAAUUCAGAAAAAUGCAGUGGAAGGAGCCUGGAAGGAGUUCUUACUGCUCUAAAGUAGGAGGAGACUGGUGGCCAAGAGGAAGAAGUAGAAGUGAGCUGUCUCUGCCCAGCUGCCCCCAGGCUCUGCUCCCCUGGCCUCUCACAGUGGGGCUGGCUGAGUUCAAUCCUCAGGUAUUGCAGAGCUUAAGAAUGCAUGGAACAUCUUUAUGCCUGGAAUUGGGAGGAAGAUGGAUCAGCCUUGCAGAAAUCCUUGGAAGGCAAGAUAGCAGGUCCCUUCCUGGUGCUGGGGUGGCGAAUAUCCAAGUUACUUGUAGAGAAUCCAUAUGGGUCUGCAGCAGCCUCAACUCUCGCCUCCUGAGAAAAAAGAAUUUCACUGAGGGGCAUAACGCAGAAAAAAGAGACCAAAGCAAGUUUCAGAGCAGAGUGGAAGUUUAUUUAAAAGCUUUAGAGCAGGAAAGAAAGAAAAGUACACUUGGAAGAGACCCAAGCGGGCGACUUGGAAGUCAAGUGCCCCAUUUAACCUUAAUCCUGGGACUAUAUAUGCUAGCCCCUUUCCGGCAUCUUGCGACCCUUUCCCUUCAUUUUUCUUUUAGCGUGGGCUGCCUGCACGCGGUGCCCUCUUUAUGCUUGGGAGGUGAGCAUGCCCAGUGUGUUGACUAGAGUUGUACACAUGCUCAUCUGAGACUUUCUUACCCAUCCGGUGGAAUGCCCCUGAAGAUCACGUCUCUUAAUGCACAUGUCCUAGCUCACUCGCUGGAUUCAUGAGAUUUUAUUGGAAGCGUCUGAUUCCCAAUCUCAAGUUUUUUUAUAUACUGGGAAAUUGCCUUUCCCUGGUGCCUGCAACCAAUUAUCACCUUAGUGUGACAGCUGUGGGCCAUCAGGAAAUUGCCUUUCCCUGGUGCUGUCAGUUCUCAUUUUUAGAGAGGCAGUGUGGCAACUGCCAAGCCAUCACCUGAUGGUCCCCUGACAUUUCUGGUGGGCGGGUGUUGGGGAGCCCUCUCCUGCCUUGCUCAUGCCUGGCUAGCUACCUAUUGUAACACUGGAAGGGCCUGGGGUACACCAGAGGAACUUGCAGAAGUUAGUCAGGGAAAGCUGUGGCUAAUGGCAGGGCCAGGAAGGGGGCCCACCUUAGCAGCUCAGAUUCCCUUUACACUUGAGCCCCAUUCUCUCCCCAUGCAUGCUUCCUGUGUUAUUGAUCCUUCAGGUCUCAGCUCUUUAAAAACAACAACUAAUGUUUAUUAAGAGCAUACUCUGUGGUGAGAACUAUACACACAUUUUCUCAUUUAAUCUUCAGAAUAACCCAUGAGUUGGGUAGCAUCAACAUCAUCACCUUCUUCAACUCUUUCAUUUUUAAAUGAAGAAAUUGGGCUCAAUGGUAAAUUUGCUUGCUUGAGAUCAUGUAGGUGGAAGGAUUUGAGCCUGAGUCUGACUCCGAUUCCAGGGCUCCAUUCUUAACUUCCUCACUCUCUUAUCCCUCUCAGACCAUCUUGGCCAAUCUAGGUUGGGGUACGGGUACCUCCCUCACUUCUGCCAAACCAGUGCUCUGCAGGUGGGGACUAAGGGGGCUGAGGAAGCUGACAGUCAGCCCUGUGCUCCCCUGGGGGCAGGGGUUGGGAGACACCUCUUCACUCAGAGAGUCCUGCUUGUCAAGCUCUGGGUCCACUCAGAGGGGGUGCCUUUUCCUGAUUUGCACAAAGGCAUUGCAUGGGCAUCAUGCUGUCCUGAAGGGAUUGUCACUGGAUUUGUAAUCUCUCAUUACUCGUCAUUCUCUCUAAGGACUGCUAGCUCCUUAACAGCAGAGGCUGUGUUGUAUUCAGCUCGGGCCUCCUGUCCCUAGCAUCCAGAAGGCACUUCAUGCACAGUUGUUGAAUGAGGAGUGGCCAAUGAAGAAAGGCAUUAGCACCUGGGUGUAGGUGCCUCACCCCUGUCCCUGGGUGCAGUGCAUGCUGACUUGCACCUGCGCAAAGGCCCUCAGAAGAAGGGCUGACAUUUCACAGCUCCUUUUCUUGUUACCUGUUACCUGGAAAGAAAAGUUUUAGAUUUUCAUGGACUGCCUUCAUGCAACUUUGUUCAUCCAGAAAAGUGCUGCAAAAAUGAUAAAAAGAGGGGUUAGCUCUGCUUACAACUGCAGAGCUCCUCAUCUCAUAAACAAUAUGAAUAGGCCCCUAGUAUUGAAGCUUUUCUCUCCCCUAGCUAUGGAAGUGUGUUAUUUAGCCUCUCCUGGCCUCAGUUUCCUUACCUCUGAAAUUGGAGUAGUAAUGUCUACCUCAUAAAUUUAUCGCAGGGGUUAGAGGAGGCAACCCAUGGGAAGGGUGUAGGAUAGGACCUGCUGCAAGUUAAGCCACAUGGUAGCUGCUAGCUUUGUGUGUGACUGUAACUUCAUUAUUACUGUGUGGAAGUCAUGGACUUUGAAUCCAAGUUGCUUACUUUUUGGACGAAACGGAUACAGCAAAAUAACAAUCCAUGGGUUACAAAGUGGGUGAAGCAGACAAAAAAGGCGUGGUAGCGGAAGUGAGGAUGGGAACCCUGGGGCUCAACCUCAGCUGGGAAGGCUGAGGGAUGUGGGUUUAAGCUGGAUCUGGAGGGAUGGGUAGAAGUUAGGUAGACUGAGACAAGGGGAAUUCCAAGUGCAAGACCAGGAAUGAAGAGGCGUGAAGGGGAUGGAAGAGAGAUGUAUUCCCCAGCCUCUCAAGCUCAUCAGUGGGUCUCAGCCUAAAUGCCACUCCUCAAGCCUUCCCUGAUCCCUCCAUCUGGACAGCCCCCUUGUUAAAUGCGCUUACAUUUUGGCACCAAUGCUCUGACACCAGCUGGGUGUUCCACAAUUAGUUCAAUUCUGAUACUAUCUAAAGUUAGUGCAGAGCCCCCAAAUUAAAGGGCACAGCCCCAAUAAGACUGUACCCAUUUCAGAUGACAGGUACACUUUGGGGGUCCCAGGCCACUUGCACUUCUACCUGACUUGGCUACAAAUUCAGGGGUUCCCACAAUCCCCAAGUCAGUCUCAACAGUUCACUAGAGUGACUCACAGAAAUCAGGAAAGCUCUGUGCUUAUAAUUACAGUUUUGUUACAAAAGGAUACUGAUGAGGAGCAGCCAAAUAAAGAUGCAUAGGAUGGGGUGGGGAGGACAUAGAGCACCCAAGCCCUCUCCUCAUGGAAUCCAGGUGCUUCUUCCUCCCAGCACGUUACUGUGUUUGUGACCAUAGGACCAGCCCAAAGUAGGCCUAUUCUGUUGAUAACAGGACGCCAAGUCACCUUGUAGGCAUAACGGAGUGAAAACUUCAAGUCACGUAGGCCAGGCAUGUGCAAUAGAAAAAGGUUUGACCUUUAACAACACCUGGUACAAGGAUUCGUCUCUGGGGAACCAAAAGACUGGGAAAUGACUGGAACCUGAAUGCUGGAACUCUUUCAAAAGGGAUCUGUUGGCCCAGAAGAUCUGGGACUAAAAUCCGUACUGUAAAUGGUUUGUUUGAAGUUCUCCCAUCAGACUCUGCCAAGUCAACAUUCCUAAAUCCUUUCUCUUGCCCUCCCAACCCUUAGAACUUGCCCCAGAUCCCAAAUCAGUCAGAUAGAUAUGAACUGCAUCUCCUGUCUCCUUGCUGGCUGGUCUUGCAAUAAAGCCUUUCUUUUCUCAAAAGCUAGUGCCACAGUAUUGGCUUCCGUGUGUGUCAGGCAGCAAGUCCAUUUAUUCAAUACCAUCUUCAACCAGAAAGUUCCAAUGAGCUUUGGUGUCUAGAGUUUUUAUUGGUGUUUCAUGAUGUAAGCAUGAUAGAUUGAAUAAUUGGCCACAUAGUUGAAUUCAAUCUUGAGGCCUCCAUUCCCUGGAGGUUGGGCAGCUGGAAGUGCAACCCUAUAAUCACAUGGUUAGUCUUACUGGUGGCCAGCCCCCAUACUGAGGCUAUGUAGGGGCCCACUGGGCAUCACCUCAUUAGCAUCACAAAGACAUUCGUAUCAUUCACAAAACUCCAAGGGUUUUUGAAGCUCUGUACCAACUAAGGACAAAGGCUAUAUAUAUACUUUUAAAUUAUAUUACAGUUCUUACAGCACUUUUAAUGGCUGAAAUAUAUUGUUUUUGCAGUUAAAUAUUUAAUAUGUAUUUAUCCAAUAGACUAUAAGCUUCAAGAAGAAAGGGACUUUGUUGUUUUUGCUCCACUGUAACCUUAGCAUGUAGCUCAAUUCUUGGCAAGUAGUAUUUGCUUUGAUUGAUAGAUCUGAUUAGAAUAUUCGAAUAAUGGGUGUAAGAGUUAAAGAAAGAGAAAAGAAACAGGAAAAGCGGCUCAACAGUCAAAGACAGGUUUAUUUUGGAGAAUAAACUUAAGAGGGGCAUCUGGCUGAUUUUGGUCAGGAGCACUCUCUUACAGAGUAGGAGUAUUUAUUGGUUUUAGGGUGAAAGAGCUUAUCACAGGCUUGGAAUAUUUCUGUGUGGAGAAGUUUAUUGUGGGGUUGGAAUGUCUCUGGUCGGAGGCGAGGUUAUCUUGGGGCUGACGUCUCUCCGGCAGGGGGGAGAUUAUCUCAGGGCUGGCAUGUCUCUGGUCAGGGAGGGGUUUAAUCUUAGGGUUGGAAUGUUUCUGGUCAGAGAUGUCAUUUGUGGUUUAUGGUCAUGCUGACCUUAGCCAUUAGGCUGAUGCAUUUUGGAUUUAGGUGGUUUUUGAUCAAGGGUAACUUUAAAAUGGUGGUGCUUGUCUAAGAUGGCGAUGCUCCUGCUCUGUCAGUGGGGAAAAUUAAAGACUAGAAAGGUAUAUUGGGACAGUGUAGAAGGCCUUACAUGCUCUAUGGCCUUAAAUGUUUCCAGCAUGUCUCUCACAUCAUCUCAGUAACUGCUGGGAAGGUUUGUAGAAUCACCUAGGCCUGCCCUGGCUCCAUGGAAGCCUCUCUGCAGCAUGAGUCUUAUGAAGUCUGGGAAAAGGGCAUGAGUGGAAUGGAUGACUCAACAUUCAACUGCAGUAGGGGGGUGUGAACUCAUUGCUAAAUUAAGGGAAAAGGGCCAAAAAUACAAAAUGUGGUAAGAUUUGUCUCUCAUGUUUAGCAGUCUGAGAAGGGCUUAAAUUUUUUUUUGUUAGAGUGCUGGUGCCUAGUAGACAGGGCUGUAGGAAGACAAGCCCUAGUCCCUACUGAGCAUCACUAGACCACAGAAGGGAAAGAGGAGGGGCUCUGAGGGGAGGAAUUCAGGCUCUCUAAAAGAAAUUAAUUAACACCUGAAAGGCUCAGUUCAUAUUUCCAUCAUCCCCUGCUCAUGGCCAAGUCAAAGAAAAAACUGAUGUCUAGUCAUGAAAACAGCAAAGCAUGAAGUGGGAGGAUGAUGGUGUCCUGUGUGGCAAUGGGAGACAGGACAAAUUCAGAGCACUCAGUACUUCCCCUCUCUUUCCAGAGCAGAAUGUAGGGGUUCUAAGUGUUCAGAUACAGGUCUUGAUUCUUUAUUUUAUCUGCUUCUGUGGCCCUGGCUUUGUUGUCUAGAAAUAAUCAAAGAUCAUAGGAUAUUCCAUUUGGAAGGAACUUCAAGGCUGUUAUUUGUAACUUCACUGAAUUGCAAGUUCCCCUCAGGUCCAAUCUCUGCAUGAAGUGGAAUUCAAAGGAACAUAAGCCCAGAGGAAUAGUGAAGAACUGUGCUGUAGGCUUUUUAAAAAGUGAGGUCCUCACCCAAGGGGUUUGCAUAGUGUGCCACCAAAUAAGCAUCUCAGAACCUUCUCUGGAUGUUACUCUCCUCCAAAGUUCCACACCGGGGCUGGGACAGCCCCUGCAUCUCUCCCUCUUCCCUUUCCCAUGAUUUCCCACUGCCUCCCUGCUCUCCUGAUUCCCUUCCUGCUUCCCUUCCAUCUCACCGUCUAUCUCUCCCCUACUGGCGGGGACCUUCAGGGCUCUGCUGCUGGCUCUGUGGUGGAAGCUCCCUGGGGUGUGCAGGCCUUCAAUAGCACUGAAAGCUUUUCUCCAAGAAAUUCUUAUUCAUUAUUUCUGGUGAGCAAAACUCACCAUCUGCGUAUUCUCCAGGGCAGCUGUCCCAGUGCUGGGUGUGUGGCAGGUGCUGCCUAAACACUGGCUGGCUGCAAGGAAAGGCUAUUUGUUUUUUUUUUUGCAUAAGAUUCCAUUUCACAAUCAUCAGAAGCCUGCCUGCAUUUCAUGGGCCCAUGAAAUUACUUAUUUUAUUCCAGAGAAAAAAGACACGCCAUUUCUGUGAAUUGAGGCUCUCCUUUUGAGUUCUUUGAUUGUUUUCUUUUGGGUCCCUCUGUCCAUCAUGCGGGGAGGGUCCCUAUUUUGCUGAGGUUAGAAGGAGCACCAGCUAUCUAUAGACAUUUUAAAAAUGUCUAUAAAUAAAAUUUAAAAAAUUUUUAAAUGUAAUAUUCAAUUUAGAGCAAGAUUUAAAAUAUUUGAACACUAAAAUAGAAAGUUACCUUACAAAUCUCUACCUGAUCAUCUAUAAUUUAGUAAUGACUGAUGAGCUGAAUCAUAUUUUCUCAAAGUAUCCUUUGGCCCCUUUUCCUUUCCUCAGGCUUGAAGAGCUCUUUCUAAUUACUUAGCCUUCAAUGUUCCUAAAUGUGCUCCUCCCCUUUUGUUUCUCCCCUGGUUCUCUGCUCUCCCACUCCCCACCUGGCCUUUUGGAGAUUGUGGGAUUUGCAGAAGCUUCAUCAUGCAUCACAUUUUCAUGUUCAGUUUUAAUGCCUCAAAUGAGUCUUUUCAAUCCCACAGCUCUUUAACUCAUCCUGUAUUAAUGAGUGCUCUUCUCUUUAUAACUCCUCACCAUUGUUCCCCAGCUGGAGGAAGGAGCCGUCCCUCUGCCUGCGCAGCUAGCUGCAGGAGAAGCCCACAGCCACUGCAUCCUCCCACCAGCAGCUUAAACCCCCAUGGUUAGCUUUGGCACUACCAGAAGUUUCCUCACAACCACAAACUCUGCCUCCCUUAAAAAAAUGUUUUUGAAAUUGAUGCAUAAUAGUAGCAUGUAUUCAUGGGGUAGAUGAGGUUUUUUUUGAUACAUGCAUACAAUGUGUAAUGGGUAAUUGGCAUAUUCAUCACCUCAAACAUUUAUCAUGUUUGUGUUGGGAACAUUGGGUGCAAAAUACAGUUAGAAGGAAUAGGUUCUAGGGUUUGAGAGCACAGUAGGGUGACUAUAGGUAACAAGAAUUUAUAGUACAGUUGACCUUUGGACAACAUGGGAGUAGGGGGAGGGCCAACCCCCUCGUGCAGUUGAAAAUCUGUGUAUAACUUUUGACUUCCCUGAAACUUACCUACUAAUAGCCUACUGUUCACCAGAAGUUUUAUUGAUAAUGUAAAUAGUCAGUUAACACAUAUUUCUUCUAUGUAUUAUAUACUGUAUUCCUACAAUAAAGUGAGCUAGAAAAAAGAAAAUGUUAUUAAGAAAAUGAUAAGGGUGGGGCACAGUGACUCAUGCCUUUAAUCCCAACACCUUAGGAAGCUGAGAUGGGAGGAUCACUUGAGCCCAAGAGUUUGAGGCCAGCCUGGGCAACAUAGCAAGACCCCAGUUCUACAAAAAAUGGACUAAAUUAGCUGGAUGUGGUGGCAUGCACCUGUAGUUCUAGCUACUUGAGAGGCUGAGGUGAGAGGAUCACUUGAGGCCAGAAGUUUGAGGCUGCAGUGAGCUAUGAUCACACCACUGCCCUCAAGUCUGGGCAACAGAGUAAGACCCUGCCUCUAAAACAAAGAAAAUCAUAUGGAAGAAAAAAUAUAUUGAAUAUUUAUUAAGAGGAAAUGGAUUAUCAGAAAGGUCUUGACCUUGUCAUCUUCACACUGAGUACAAUAAGGAGGAGGAGGAUAAGGAGGGGUUGGUCUUGCUGUCUCAGGGGUGGCUGAAGUGGAAUAACAUCUACUUACAAGUGGACCUUCACAAUUCAACACUUGUUCAAGGGCCAACUCUAUAUUUCAAAAUAGCUAGGAGUCAAGAUUUAGAAUGUUCCCAACAUAAAACAACCUUUUUAGUUUGAAAUAAUUUUAGACUUACAGAAAAGUUUUAAAAAUAUUUCUUAGAAUUCCUGUACACCAUUCACCCAGACUGCCCUAACAUUAAUGUCUCUGUACCCAGAGUUCAGGGACCAAAACUAUGAAAUUAACAUUAAUACAACACAAUACUAAACUAUAGUCAUUAUUCAUAUUCUCCCAGUUUUCCAGCUAAUGCCUUUUUUUUUCUGGUCCAGGAUCCAAUCCAAGAUUUCACCUUGCACUUGGUCUUGCCUCCUUGGUCUCCUCCAGCCUUAGAUGGCUCUUCAGUCUUUCCUUGUCUCUUAUAACCUUGGCGAUUUUGCAGAAUUGUAGGUUUUUUCCUCUCAAUUUGAGUUCAUCUUAUGGUUUCUCCUCAUUAGAUGGAGGUUAUGCAUUUCUGAAAAGAACAUUACAGAAGCAAUGCACUCUGCUUAGUCCAUCAUAUCUAAGGGUGCGUGACAUCAAUAUGUCUCAUUACUGGUAUUAACUUUGCCAAUGUCGCUAAGGUCAGGUCUGCUGGACUUCUCCAUUCUAAAGUUUCUAUCUUUCCCUUUGUAAUUAAUAAUAAUCGGGGGUGGGGGGAGAUACUUUGAGACUAUGAAAAUAUCCUAUUUACCCUGAAACUUUGGCUCAAUCUUGUUGACAUCCAUCAGCAGAUCAUGUCUGCAACAAUUACUGUGGUGUUCUAAGAGUGAUUUUCAGCGGCAGCUGAAGGCUGGUGAGUCAGAGCCACAAUGUUUCAGAUCCAGGGCUUUGCGCAGAAGCUGGAUAUGGAGGAGAUGAAAUGGAAGUUGUGUGAGGAUGUGAUCUCCUCCAUAUGGAACUUCCUCAUCUACGUGGCCCUGCUGCAAAUCAUUCCUUUUAUCUUAAAGAAAUUACACAGCAUAUGAAUAUUGAGUAUCAUAUGUGAAUGUAUAAUAUGCAGAACCUGGUUACAGUUUCUACAACUCUCUGCAAGCAAAUAGGCCCAGAAAACUGUAAGAGACUCUUUAAUGGUUGGGUAUAAAAAUUCUGCUUCUUAAGAACAAGUUUGGCUCAGCUAAACUUGUUCUCAGCCAAAAUAUAAAACUAAUUAUAGCUAAAAUAUGAAACUAUUGAGAAGUAUGAAAAGACAUCUUGUGGUCAGGGUGUGCUGUUGUGCUUGUGACAUUUGGCCUCUGUCAAUGUUGGUAUAAUUGUAAAUAAUGGCAAACUCCAUUUUCUAGCAUGUAUUAAUAAUAAUUAAGGGAACUAUGUCUGAAAUGGCACUUUUUUUUUUUUUAAAAGAAAACAAGUUUUAUUUUUAUCACCAGAACAUUCUGAUAAAAAUAUUAUGAGAUUAGCUACCUUUAUUCUCUGGGCCUUGACUCUGUCCAAGGCCUGCCCUAGAGCGCCUGCACGCUCAGCUCCCUCUGAGGUAGGUCUGGAGGGAGAGCCCCAACUGCCGCCUGCCCUCGGCCAGGAUACCUCUCACCUCAUGUCCCCUCCUCCAGACCCCCACAGUCCUGGAUGCCCCAUAGCAGCCCUGCCACGGCUGGCAGAACUGUGAAAUGGCACUGUUUUGUCAGACAUUUCUGUUUACCUUUUUACUUCUGUACGAAGUGUAUUUGUGGAGUCCCUUACAACCAGUCGUGUUUUAUGGAAGUCAGCACACAACCACAAUGCUAUUUAAACACAGGAUUAUUAGUCUAUGUUUUUUGUUUUGUUUUGUUUUGUUUUGUUUUGUUUUUUAACAGAGUCUCACUCUGUUGCCCAGGCUGGAGUGCAGUGGCGUGAUCUCGGAUCUUGGCUCACUGGAACUUCCGCCUCCUGGGUUCAACUGAUUCUCCUGCCUCAGUACAGGUGUAUGCCACCACACCUGGCUAAUUUUUGUAUUUUUAGUAGAGACAAGGUUUCAUCAUGUUGGCCAGGAUGGUCUCAAUCUCUUGACCUUGUGAUCUGCCCACCUCGGCCUCCCAAAGUGCUGGGAUUACAUGCGUGAGCCACCACGCCUGGCCUAGUCUAUGUUUUUAAUGAACAUACCAAUUAAGAAAAAAAAAAAACACAAAGAGUGUUUUUCUGUUUCAUUAUUCCUUGACUAAUUGGAAUUCUGUAAGGAAGAGCUGUCUCUUCUUUCUCUAAUAUUUAUUCCUUUAAUUAUGUAUUUAUCAGUAUAGGUUUCUGGAUAUCGACUUUAUCCUGUGGGUUAUAAUUUUGUUGCUCAAAUUGUUUCCUCUUUGGUCAUUGGUUGCUCCUUGAAGGAGUUCCAGUGUGCUUUUGAGAAAUCUCAUCCUUUUUUGAGCAUUUCCUUAUUUUUUGGCAUUUCAAGACACUCCAGGCACUUUUUAUUGUAUAUUCCCUGCCCCAGCUCUGGAAUCAGCCACUUCUCCAUGGAUUCUUGGUUCUUUUUAUUGAAGAGUGGUAUUUUGAAACCAAGAUCUAGACACUAGAUGUAUUCAUUGCCACAGAGGUGUCAAUGCUUUCAGGCCAUUUAAGCAAACACAGCUAGAAGUAAAUGCAUGUAUACUAAUCCAUGCAUAUUCACAUUGAUAUUUAUCCCUCUAUAUUUAUAUUUAAAAAAUGCGAGUUUAUACUGAUACCUUCAUAAAUCCAACACCAUAGGGUUUAUUCUAGCCUUUUCCCUUUCUUUUCUUGUAAUCUUUUAAAAGUUAUUAUUGUGGG